AGUGAGCCCCUUUCCACGAUGCAGCAGCCUGAGGACAAGACUCGUAACUGCUUUGCCUUCUGAGUUCUAGCGCGUGGGGCUGUAUAUUGCACAAAGGUCUUCAGUGCCUGCACAGGUGACACCUAAAUUCAGAAAGGCCAGUGAGCUUUUGGUGAACUCCCUUCCAAGACCUUUCUGCAUGGUCUAAUUUAUACAGAAUAUCUUAAUGUCAGUGAUUCCCUGACGGUGUUAGGUCCUAGCCCAGGUUGUAAGAAGCAGAAUAAGGACUGACAUUAGAUUAGCACUUUCAUUUUUAACUUCACACCUUUUUUUCCUUUUAACUUUUUUAUUUUGACAUUAUUUCAGACUUAAGAGAAAAGUUGCAAGAAAAAUACAAAAAAUGUCUAUAUAUCCUCUACUCAGAGUCCCUAAAUAUUAACAUGUACCACAUUUGCUUCAUUGUCUUCUCUCUUUCUCUACAUAUACCAUAAUUUUUUUUCUGAAACAUUUUGAUAAGUUAUACAUACCAUGCCCCUUUAUUUCUAAGUAAUUCACUAUGUGUUUCCAAAAAACAGGGCAUUCUCUUACAUAAUCCCUGUACAAUGAUCAAAAUCAGGAAAUUAAUGUUGACUUAAUACUAUUACCUAGUCUGUGACCUUUUAGCAAGAAGGACAUGCAGCACAUUGGGUUGUCAUGCCUCUUAAGUCUCCUUUAGUCUGGAAUAGCUCCUCAGUCUUUCUUUGCUUUUUCAUAACAUCAUAUUAAGAGUGCAGGCCAGUUGCUUUGCAAAACACCCUUCGGGUUUCAGUUAGGGUAUGCUCUUUUGGCAGGAAAAUCACGGGGGUGGUGCCGAGUUCUCAGUGCGUCCCGUCAGAAGCCACAUGCAUUCCAUCAGUGUCACUGUGGCCAUACUGCUUUAGACCCCUCGGCUGUGGGGCUGUGUGUGCGGGCACCCUUGCGCCUGCGGUGGAUGAUGCUUCGAGACUAAAUCUAGUGUUCGCCCCAGACUUCCUCCCACGAGUCUCAGUCCACUGAUGACUCUUACUUGAGUGGCUGUCAAAUGGUGACUUUUCUAGAUCCAUUCUUGUACGUUUGUUAGCUGGUUUCGUACUUGCAAGGCAGAGCAUUCCAUUUCCCUUAUUUUAUUUAUCUCAGUUUAGACUCAUGAAUCCUUGUAGUAGUAUUUAUUUUGAUGCUCCAAUCAUUCCGGAUUUGGCCAACAAAACUCCUAUAAGCUAACUCCUGUGUCCUUUUGACCUAUCUUUGUCAUUCUUUAAGACUAGCACUAUUCAAAGGCAGUUCUUUCCAGAUAGGUUGAGCCUUUUUCUUUAUUCUCAUGACUUCCUGACAAAUAGUCAGUUUCUCUGUCUGGUUAGAGAACUCCCCACCCUUUCUGGUCUUCCCUUCCCCCACCUCCAAAGCUACCCUCCUUGUGAGACGGGAUUCCCCAGCAAGGAGGCUGCACCAGCAACUGACGGGCAUUAGCAUGGCCAUCUUCAAACACAGGACUAUUUAACUUACACACAAAACAUAGGGCUCUGGGAGCAGUGGAUGGGCACAGCCAUCCUGAUGGUGUUUGUUUUUCCCCUGUGUAAACCAAGCAAAGGCUCUGCCCUUUGCUUCCCUGUUGCAAACUCCAAAGAGAAAGCAAAUUCAACCCUGCUCAGUAAUAAAGCACCCAGCGACUGAGCUCUUACCCUUCAGCCAGCCGUUGUCAAAGGGAAGAAAGGAAGAAAGCAGACAGCUUGUUUUGAACUCAGUCUGACUUCAAAAGAGCAUAUAUAUUUUUUUCUAUUUCCAUAUAUCAUGUGCCAGACAAGUAUUUCCUUUUUGCACCUGGACUUGGGAGAACUUGCUACAAACAAGGUGCAGAUGAGGGAGGGAAAGAUGAACAGAGAAAUGAAUUUGAUCUGACACAUCGCAUAAGGAAGCCUGAUUGUGGAUGCGGGCGUGCAGGGCUUGGGUGCAAACACAUGCCCCACCCUUUUCGUCAGCGGUCACACAACCUUGGACGCUAGAGCCUGCCUGGUUGCGAGAAGGAAUGUGCUGGGGAAGGAAAACACGGGGCGAGGUGAGAGAGGGCAGAACCUCGAACCAGGAAGAGGCUGUCCUCACGGGGCUCCAGAGAGGCGCAGAAGCAUGGCCCUCAGAUGUUAACAAAAAAUAAUCCAGAUGGGGUGCAGGUGCUGUAAAAUGAUUCAAAGCUAUCUCUUCGAUCCGGUGCAAGUGCCCUCCCCCGGCUAUGUCAACGAAGUCAACAGCUGCAAGUUAGAUGAAGACGACACUGUUAAAUUAAAAGGCAAACAGAGCAGCGAAUGCCUGGAGCAGAGAAGUGACCCUCCAGGGGAGGGCGUGAGAACCGGGAGCGGGGGCAGAGGGAGCGGCCCGCGGCCCCACCUGGGGCGGCUCCCACAGGGGGACCCUGCAGGCGGACACUGUAUGGACGGUGCCGUCAAUGGCACCGGCCCUGCCUCGGCUCCACAGCCCCCCGGGAGCCCCAGGUCCCCGCGGGACGACAGGGGCUCCCGGGCCGGCACUGCGGACGGCAGGCGCGCGGCUCGCCCGUUCCUGCGCGGAGGCAGCACGGGGAAGCGGGCCUGUGCGCGGCCGGCGCUGGGGGCGCGCCCCCGGGUCACGCGCGCCGGGAGUCCUGCGGGGGACGCACAGGGCCUGGGCCUGCAGACGCCGGCCCCAGAUCACCCUCGGCCGUGGGGCGCGGCCGCCGACGGCGCGGAGCGCGAAGGGGAGGACUGCCUUUUCAGGAGCCGCGCUGAGGCCGGGCCCGCGGGGGCAGCCCCGCCUGCGGUGCAGGAGCGCGGCUCGGCGCCCUUCUCGGUGGAGGGAAGCUGGGAUUCGCUCCCCGAGGCCGCAGCGCCCAGUGCCUGCGCCGGAGAGGGGGGCCCUGCCCGCGCCGCGCCCGCCGGCCUCUCGGGAAGCGGGCGGCAGGGCGCGCGGGGCUCCCGCGGGGGCGGGGGCGUCGCGGAGGAGGACGCGGCGGUGGCGGAAGCCCUGGCGGCGUUGGAAGCGGCCACUGCGGGAGAAGACGCGGGCGAGGCCGACUAGGGCGCGAGUGGCGCAGCGGGGGCUGCAUUCG